GCGGAACCUUUAUACGCUUGGAAACAUUGUUCGCACGGACCUAUAUCAGCGACGGACACAUUCUGAUCCGCAACGCUUGAAAUGGCUGUCACACUUCACACCGACCUGGGAGAGAUUAAAAUCGAGUUAUUCUGUGAACGCACGCCCAGAACAUGUGAGAACUUCCUGGCUCUGUGUGCCAGCGGCUUCUACAGCGGCUCCAUCUUCCACAGAAACAUCAAAGGCUUCAUGGUGCAGACAGGAGACCCCACAGGCACCGGGAAAGGAGGGACGAGUAUCUGGGGUCGCAAGUUUGAAGACGAGUUCAGCGAGCAUUUAAAGCAUAAUGUCCGAGGCGUGGUCUCCAUGGCCAACAAUGGGCCCAACACCAACGGCUCACAGUUUUUCUUCACGUACGCCAAACAGCCCCAUCUGGACAUGAAGUAUACAGUCUUUGGAAAGAUCAUCGAUGGCUUGGAAACACUGGACGAGCUGGAAAAAUUGCCUGUCAAUGAAAAGACUUUUCGGCCGCUGACUGAAACCCGGAUAAAGGACGUGACCAUCCACGCCAACCCUUUCGCUCAAUAGCCGACCUCAUCUUCAGAGAAUGGUGCCUAGAUGUGGACUCUCAAAGCAAAAACUAAAAGCCUGAUGGGCUAGAAGUUGUAUAAACAUCCUCCAGACAGCAAUCUGUAUCUUAAGUGCUUCAAAACAUCUUCUUUUAACAUUUGUCUCAUUUUAAUUUGUAUAUUUGGUAAUUUUCUCCUUAUAGGUUUUUUUUUAAAUGACAAAAUUGACAGUACUGCAUUAAAUUGUUUUUCAUACAGAAAUGUGUAAAUAAAUUGUUUUGUACUGAAUAAUGCUUUUAGGUUU